GAAGGUUGAAUCUCUAACAGAGUGCUUCUCUAUACCCUCUCUUAAACAUGCCAAAUAGUUUAUUUUACAUUUCUCUCAAACCGCCUGCAUUCUCUGUCCAGGAUCACCACGCCUUGUUAUUGAUACACUGCAGAUUCUAGAAUGGGCGCACGAAACAAAUGGGGUUUGCAUCACUUUCAGUAAAUGACUUAUAACUGAUUAAUAUAUUCUUCCCAUUGUUAUGAUAGAUAAUCUGGUAACAUUAGAAGACUGAUCCUACCAACCGAACAGAACACUGCAACCAUGGGGAACCUCGUAGCGAAUGGAAAGAUAGAAAUCUGGGAUAUUGUAAUCAUCGUGGUCAACUUUCUUGGCGUAUUUGCUUGUGGAAUAUGGGCAUCAUUUGGACGUGGGAAAGACAGCACCAGUGGCUACUUUUUAGCUGGGCGGCAAAUGCCAUGGUAUCUGGUAGGUCUAUCGUUGUGGAUGACAAAUAUUGGUAGUAGGUCUUUUAUCGGAAUAGCAGGAGCGGCUUCGGUUGGUGGCUAUGGAGUGGCAAUAUAUGAAUUUCAGGCUCUUAACUGUUUACUUCUGUUGGGAUUCUUCUUCAUUCCCGUCUACUUUGCUUCUGGAGUAACGACAGUCCCUGAAUAUCUUAAGUUGCGUUUUGGUGGGAACCGUCUUCAAAUCUCCAUAGCAAUAAUUAACCUCAUCUUGGUCGCCGUCAUUAUGCUUGCGAGUGAGAUGUACGCUUCUUCCUUGGUGAUCCAGCAGUCCCUCGGAUGGGAUCUAUAUACAUCAAUCAUUGUUCUUCUUCUAAUGACAGCCGUAUAUACCGUAGCAGGAGGGCUCAAAGCUGUGAUAUACACCGAUGCCAUCCAGGCCGUCAUCAUGAUGAUCGGUGCAUUCGUUCUGAUGUUUAUCGCUUUGUCCAAGAUAGGUUGGUCCAUAGAUGUUCUUCGUGAAGAUUACAUGUCAGCCAUUCCUAAUACCACUGGGUCUAAUCUGGAUAAUACGAGCUGUGGAAUACCAACGGAGAAGACCUGGAAUAUCUUUCGUCCCGCCGAUGAUCCGGGAUUGCCUUGGCCUGGUGCCAUAUUUGGGGCAUUGGUCCUAGGCUGUUACUUCUGGUGUACCAGUCAGGUGAUUGUACAACGUACGUUGGCUGCAAGAAACGUCACCCAUGCCAAGGGAGCCUGUAUAAUGACUGGCUUCUUCAAGAUCUUACCAAUGUUUCUUAUGAUCAUUCCUGGUAUGAUUAGCCGAAGCUUGUGGCCUGACGAAAUAGCCUGUGUGGAUCCAAAUGUCUGUCAAGAGGUUUGUGGUAACCCUGCGGGGUGUUCAGAUAUCGCCUAUCCCAGACUUGUGGUUCAACUCAUGCCAACAGGGCUGAGAGGACUGAUGUUGGCAAGCAUGUUGGCUGCUAUGGUUAGUUCAUUGACCUCAAUCUUCAACGCAUCCAGCUCAAUGUUCGUCAUCGAUAUCUGGUCAAAAUUCAGACCAGCAUCCACAGAACUGGAACUUGUCAUCAUUGGAAAGUUAGCAACAAUUGUAAUGGUGGUUGUAGGAGUUCUGUGGAUACCCAUCCUUCAGGCCUAUGGUACAGGAGAACUCUUCACCUACAUACAGGCAGUGAACGCCUACCUCGCUCCAGCCGUUCUAGCCGUCUUCACUACUGCGGUCUUGUGGAAACGGGUCAAUGAAACGGGAGCGUUUUGGGGUCUCUUGUGCGGAUUCGCAAUUGGUUUCACUCGCGCCAUCUUGGAUUUUGUCUUCGGUGUACCGUCGUGCGGUCAGGAAGAUAGGAGACCAAGGUUUAUCAGUCAGUUCCACUUCCUUCAUUUUGCAGCUUUUCUCUACGUCUUCUCACUCAUACUUAUCAUUGUCAUCAGCCUCUUGACCAAGCCACAACCGCCGCAAAAACUGGUUCGUUUGACAUGGUGGACACGAUUGUCGAAUCUUCCUCGGGAACCUAUGGGCGAGCAAGACGAAGAAAACGAGAAGAUCCAAGAGGAAAUAAGGAAACAAGCUGAAAUAAGGUACCGCGCUCGAACGGGUUUGGUGUGGAGGAUCAUAAACAUAAUUUGUUGUAUCCAUGGUAACGGAAGAUCACAGAACGACAAUGUGGACAUAGAAAGUGACGUACGAGAAGAGAAGGAGCCAGAGAUAGAAUUGAAAACUGCUGCAUACGAGAAUCCGAAGUGGGCGCGAUUUGCACUGUUGAAUGGAAUAUUCUUAGGAAUCACUUGCAUAACAGUUCUUGCUUAUUAUGGAUGAUCAGGAUUUUUUUAUUCAUAUCUAUUUCAUAAUUCAAGCGUUAUGUUUAAAGCGUGUUGGAUAAUUGAUAUGUGGAGUAUUUUUGUAGUACCAGUAAGAUGUCAUAUUCAGGCUUAUUAAUUUCAAGACUGGUAGAUUUUUCUUAUUUACUAUUUUGGUUAUCUGCUGCGAAUAUUUCAAAGUUGGUCGAUAAUAAUUCCUAAUUACAUAAUUUAUGCAUUGUGUAUAUAAAGUUUCAUACCUAGCGAUAUCUAUCCUUGGGUAUUAUGGGGUUUUUCUCUCUUUUUUUGUUUUAAUAAAAAGCACAUUGUUCAAUACGAAUAAAUUGACUCGGCAACCUGUUUCAUAGAGACAAUUCUAUAAUCCAAUUGUUGAUUAUUGACUUGCGACUCUUUGUUUAUACAAUAUGAGCAGCCAAAGUAAACAUCAAUUAUGUUUAAAGAUUUUGUAUACGUUGCGCAUGAAGAAUUCUUACUCACUUUUCCAGACUAAGUUACCAUAAAAUGUGAUGAAUUGAAGUUAAAGUAGAAAUUCAAGCACAUAUGAUGAAAGUUUGAUCCCGAACUCAAAUACUUUCACAUAUAUAUUUAUUACAUAUAUAUCUUUUACAUUUAUGCGUGAAGUAAUUGUGUAUUGAGCAAGUAAUGAAAACAUUUAGAGGGGUACAAUGGAUAUCUUGGGAAACGUUCAAAUAAGUAUAAUAAUAAUACUAUAAUAAGUAGUAUAUACAUGUAAAUAGGUAUUAUUUUAUAUUUUGACGUAGUAAUAAGGAAACCAUAUUUCACACUUUUCCUUUCCUUUCAAAAUAUGUAUCAUGUAUUCAUGAUUACUAGAAUUAAGAGUAUGAUAAAGAGUGAUUUAUUGAUGUCCCGUUUUUAUCUUUUUUUUCAAUGAAUGUUAUAAUUUUGAAUCUUGCUCAGUUGGCUCAAUUUCCCAUCCAUUAAUAAUUUUCUUUUCACAUGAGACGCAUAAAAGUGUUAUAACCAAACCUUAUACUUCCAACAAUAUAUUAUAAACAUGGCCUAUAAAUUAAGAUGAUUAUAUUGUAUUCCACUCAUCAAUAAAAUUCUAUCUGUCUGUUUUUUUUUUUCAGUAACGCCAGUCUGUGAGUUCUUCCACAUCAGCUUUGGAGUGUACCGUCAGAAAAUUUUGGCCAGUAUUCUAAAGUCCGAUUUAAAUAAGCCUAUGGUUCAACUGUGUAUUGAUAUUAUAUGAAGCCAAAAACAUCAAAA